UAGCUUUGUGACAGAAUAACCGUUUUGUUAAGCCGGAAAUCUUUCAAAUAAUAUUCUGGUGAAACCAAGGGUUAAAACACUCACAUGUUCCUUUACUUUAUCAAAAAAAGUGUCUCGUAAUCAUUAAAUUAUCAUAUAAAUCUAACCUCAAUCGAAUAUAAUGGAGAUUUCGGACGAUAAUUUGCGGACCCUCGGAGAUUACCUACAACAAACGCUAAGCCCUGAUGUUAAUAUACGAAAACCAGCGGAAAAGUUUUUGGAAGGAGUGGAAGUGAAUCAAAACUAUCCACUUCUCCUAUUACAUCUUGUCCAUAAAAAUGAGAUUCAGAUGGAAAUACGUAUUGCGGGAUCUAUUGCCUUCAAGAAUUAUAUUAAAAGGAAUUGGAGUGUUGAUGAGGAUCAACCAGAUCGGAUACAUGAAAGUGAUAGAGCUGCAAUUAAGCAUUUGAUUGUUACGUUAAUGUUGAGUUCGCCGGAAAUGAUACAAAAGCAAUUAAGUGAUGCUAUUAGUAUUAUUGGAAAGACUGAUUUUCCAUUAAAAUGGCCGGAAUUAAUUACCCAGAUGAUUGAAAAAUUUUCUACCGGUGAUUUUAAUGUUAUUAAUGGAAUUUUACGUACAGGCCAUUCAUUGUUUAAGAAAUAUAGGUAUGAGUUUAAGUCCAAUGAGUUAUGGACAGAGAUUAAAUAUGUUUUGGAGAAAUUAGCUCAACCACUUACUGAUUUAUUAUUGGCAACUUUAAAUUUAACUCAAGUCCAUGCCCAAGAUGCAAAUGCUUUAAAAAUUAUUUAUAGUUCUUUAGUAUUGAUGUGCAAAGUUUUUUACUCGUUAAACUCUCAAGAUUUACCAGAAUUUUUUGAAGAUAAUAUGAGUACUUGGAUGAAUAGUUUUCAUACUUUAUUAACGGUUGAAGUAAAAAUAUUAGAUACAGGGGAUGAUGAAGAAGCUGGUGUAAUCGAACAUUUAAAAUCGCAAGUUUGCGACAACAUUGGGCUUUACGCACAAAAAUAUGAUGAAGAAUUCCAACAAUAUCUUCCCCAAUUCGUAACGGAUGUUUGGAUUUUAUUGGUUUCGACCAGUUUACAACCAAAAUAUGACCUUUUGGUUUCAAAUGCUCUCCAAUUUUUGUCAUCCGUUGCCGAAAAAAAUCAUUAUCGAAAUUUAUUUGAGGAUAAUAACGUUUUAAAUGGAAUUUGUGAGAAAGUUAUUAUACCCAACAUGGAAUUUAGGCAGUCAGAUCAAGAACUUUUUGAAGAUAACCCUGAAGAAUACACAAGAAGAGACAUUGAAGGUUCCGAUAUUUUUACAAGACGCCGCGCUGCUUGUGAUUUAGUGAACACUUUGAGUCAAAAUUUUGAAAGUAGAAUCAUGGAAAUUUUCGGCCAAUAUCUUCAAGUCAUGAUUCAAAAAUAUACGGAAAAUCAACAAACAAACUGGAGAAGUAAAGAUGCUGCAUUAUACCUAGUUACAUCAUUAAUAAGUCGUGGUCAAACUCAAAAACACGGAGUUACACAAACGAGUCAGUUAGUUUCAGUUCCUCAAUUUUUUCAACAGCACAUCGUCUCUGAAUUGGAAAGACAAGAUGUUAAUGAGUUGCCAGUUUUAAAGGCAGACGCGAUCAAAUAUGUUAUGACUUUUAGGUCAAUACUUCCAAAAGAAAUGGUCAUUGGAACUUUACCUCAGUUAGUUAGACAUUUAACAUCAGAGAGUGCUGUUAUUCAUACUUAUGCUGCAUGUACUAUUGAAAAAAUUUUGGUUAUGAAGGAUAAUAAUAAUAUGCCAAUUGUUAACUCAAAUGAUUUCUCCGGAUUGGCUAAUGAUGCUCUGUCAAAUUUAUUUGCUGUAUUAGAUAGGCCUGUUUCUGAAGAAAAUGAAUAUGUCAUGAAAGCAAUAAUGCGUACAUUCUCCACAUUAAAAGACAAAGUUGUGCCAUACUUAGGAGUAGCUUUACCUAAAUUAACAGAAAAACUACAAGCGGUUUGCAAGAAUCCAUCAAAACCACAUUUCAAUCAUUACUUAUUCGAAACGUUCUCACUGGCAAUACGAAUUGUAUGCACUGGAAAUCCAACAGCUGUGUCAUCAUUUGAAGACGUCUUAUUCCCAAUCUUUCAAGGAAUUCUUCAACAAGAUAUUCAAGAAUUUAUACCAUAUGUGUUUCAAUUACUUUCAUUAUUAAUGGAACUAACUCCACCCGGUGCUAUCCCCGAUCCAUACAUGCAAUUAUUGCCCCAUUUGUUGGCUCCCGUUUUAUGGGAACGUCCUGCAAAUAUCAGUCCGUUGGUGCGAUUAUUGAGCGCGUUUUCUGUGCAGGCUGCACCACAAAUCGUUGCCCAAGAUAAAUUGAGUGGGUUCUUAGGUGUUUUUCAAAAAUUAAUAGCUUCGAAAUCUAACGAUCAUGAAGGGUUUCAUUUAUUACAGAAUAUAGUACUUCAUGUUCCAACGGAAGCUUUAGUUCCCUUCCAAAAACAAAUAUUCUUCUUACUCUUUCAACGUUUAUCAUCGAGUAAAACCACAAAAUAUGUUAUAAAUUUAAUUGGUUUCUUCUGUUUGUUUAUGGUGAAACACUCCCCAAGCGAAUUGGUUGUGAUUAUUGAUGGGAUUCAAGCGCAAAUGUUUGGAAUGGUGUUAGAAAAACUAUUUAUAACUGAACUACAAAAAGUUUCCGGUGUUAUUGAACGAAAAGUAGUCGCAUGUGGUAUAAUAAAAUUACUUUGCGAAUGUCCACAAAUGUAUACAGGAUCGUACGAGAAAUAUUGGCCCCAAUUACUGCAGGCUUUAAUAUGUUUCUUUGAAAUGCCCCGAGAUGAAAGCACAUUUCCUGAUGAUCAUUUUAUUGAACUCGAUGAUACCCCAACGUUUCAAACUGCUAGUGCUAAAUUAAAUUUUGCUAAUAAUGCUAAAUUAGAUCCUUUACAAGCUAUUUCUGAACCAAGACAAUUUUUAGCGCAAAGUUUGGGUACUUUGGGCUCUUCUCAACCCGGGCGAUUACCUGUUCUUGUUAAUUCCAUUAAUAAGCAAUCCUUAACUAUUUUAGAAGGUUAUCUCACAAAAUUUAGUGUUCAACUUGUUUAAAAAAAAGUUUUUGUUUUGAGUUUUUUGUUUAUUAUAUGUUGCCUAAGACUGGAGUAAUUGUUUUUAAAACAGUCAUUUCAUAUCUAUUUAAUAUGUACUAAUGUUGAUAAGAAAAUACAUGUAAUUAAUUAGUUUUCUAUCUAAUAAAGGAUUAUUUAAAAAAAA